AGAAGUGGCUCUAGGCAGCAGCUGGGUGGAGAAGACCAUGGAUGUUGUGUUGGGAACCAGCUAACAUGAUUUCUAUUAAAGAUAUGACCAAGAUUGCUAUCAUUUUAUAUGCAAUUUGUUUCUUUACAAAGUCUGAUGGAAGAUCAGUGACGAAGCGGUCAGUGAGUGAGAUGCAGCUGAUGCACAACCUGGGGGAACACCUGCAUACUGUGGAGAGACAGGACUGGCUUCAGUUAAAACUGCAAGAUGUGCACAGUGCACCUGAAGCGCUGGUGGAUGGUAGGCCCCGAAAGAAGGAUGAUGUCCUGGGAGAGGUCCGAAGACGGAGGCUCCUCCCUGAGCACCUGCGGGCAGCCGUGCAAAAGAAACCCAUUGAUUUGGACAACGCUUAUAUGGAUGUACUCUUCAAAACUAAAUCACAGUGA